AUGUCAGGGUUGGAACUAGAGCUGACCAUUACUGCUCUCCUCAAGGCUAUCACAGCCCUCACAACCACAGUUGGGUCCUUGCAGGACCAAAUCAAACACCAAGGCCAACAGCUCACUGAGCUCAGGGCCAUAUGCAAGGAAACCACCAACUUGCUUGGCAACAAGGACCAGGGAACAGGACAAGCCCAGCCUGGCCCAUUGACUGAGCCUAUCACCCCUCCAGGAAGACCAGAAGACCAAACCCACACUCCAGGCACAGUUAGGCCUGGGCUCAAGGCCCCCUUCUGCUCAUCAAGGGGCACAGGGCCUGACUCAGAAGAGGAAGAAAAGCCACAACAAGCCAAGAAGGAGCCUUGCAGAAUGCCUAGGGAUCUGAGGUCCCUCACCCCCUUUGACUCAGGCUCCAAUGUAAAACAUCCCAAGAUGAAGCUCCCCAACCCCUAUACAGGAGACACUAGGGGGUGCAAGGCCACACAGUGGCUUGAUUGA